AUGAUCGGUAGCAGCAUCUGGGGCACAGCGGCUUUGCCUUUCCUUGUCGGGUCAUCGAUGGGGUUCGUGCUGGGCAGCACUAGAUGGUAUGUCGUAGCCACAAAAGAAGCCCUGCUUCAACUGGACAACCACCCAUCCAUCUUGCGACUCCAUCUUAUCGCCAACUUCCCCUGGAAGCCAGAGCUGGGACACAAGGGCGUUGAUUGGUACACUUCCGAUAGGUUCAGCUCGAACUGGCAGAUGAAGAGUAUGCUUGUGGCUGGUUGGCUUACUGCACAACCUGCGCUUGACGAAAUUCGGAACCGGACUGAGGCCGGGAUAGUGGAGAGUUAUGUGAGGCAGGGCCUUGGUGAAAUAGAGAACUAA